CAGGCUGGUCUGUCGGCCCUGUUGUUUCUGAAGAAAAGGCUUGGAAAGUUAGCGUGGCUUCGCUCUGUAGUCAUUAAAACACAGCGAAAACAAAUGUAGGAACAAAAGGCUGACCUCAGCGGGCAGGAGCUGUAACCUCCGACCGCGGCAGGCCUGGGAAUUGCCAUUCCCUUUCAGACGGCUGGCUGUUCCUUACACACAGGUCUUGACAAACCGGACCACAAUGGGAACGUGAUCUUAAAAACAGUAGCCUAAAAAUGCUGGUAAUUCGAAAACUGCUUCGCCGACAAGUUUUUGUUCAAAUGUUUUCCAAAAUAGGCACAAAAAGACAGGGAGGGAAGUUCAUUUACCCUGACAUGGCUGCUUUUAGCUUGUUCCUCACAUCUACAGCUCUCUCAGGGUGGUUGUUUAUCCACCCCCAGCAGCCAAAGGCACACCUGGGGCUGGUGGGGCCGUGUCUGCCCUCAGCCCCACUGGAAGUCUGGGGGAGUGAAUGAAAUCAAACACCACCUCCUCCUUCAGUAGACCAAGUCCCACUCUUGCUGGUACAGAGGCCUUGGUGCAGCUGUGCCCAGAGAAGAGGAGGACAAACACUGUGCUUGUGGAACCACUUCAGCUCUUCACAGAGGAAAAGCUUCCUGCCAAAAUGCCAGCUGCAAUGCCAUCCUGCUCUGCUGACCCAGACUGGGGCUUUCUCACCAUGAAUCUGCUGCUGUAACAUCAGUGAACAAAACACACAUUCCCUUGAGCAGAGAAAAUCUUGAUUUCCCAUUUUUAUUAUCCUUUACUACCUUGUGAAAUCAAGGGGCCUUGCUUCUGUCAUGCAGCUGCCCAGCCCCUCCUGCACUUUCCUGUGCAAGCCACCUCACCCUCCCGCAAGCCCAGACGAGGGGCGAAGCAGCAGGAGAAGCAGAAGACAACCACAAAGCCACUGGGGUUAAAGCAGCCAGAAGGACCUCAAGGCAGAGGGUGAUGGUCAUAUAGACUAUACCUAUGCAUUUCACCUCCAGGUGUCUUUGAAGUCCUGCAUGGCUCCAGAGAUCCAGGAGUAUCCAGAGAUCCUGCCUGGAUCCAGGAGGUUUCUGCUGUGUUCCUUGGCAUAGAACUUUCCAAAGCCAUUCAGACCACCUGGGACAAGGACAGCCAUGGGCAACAGCCCUGGAGGUUUCCAGGGAAGCUGUAAGGAUGUUCUGAAUCUUCUCUGGUACAGAACAAAGGAAUGCGGAUUCUUCAAACUGUACUUUAAAAAUUAACUUACAGUACUAGUAAAAAGAUGAUAAAGCUAGAUGCUAAUCCUUACAUCAAUCAGGUCACUAUGCCUGGAGCUCAUUUGCCUUGCAAAUAGUCUAUUGUUACAUGCUGUGUCCCUUCCUACUCAAAUUACUAACUCCACCCCAAAAAAGAACUUCUGUUGAAACUUCUGUAGAAGAGACAGAUCCUGCUCCUGAAACCAUGGGGCCUGUCAGCUACUCAUCAGAGACCUAUGACUUGAGCCAGGUGGAACUGAGUGGCUACUAUGAAGCUGAGAACACCACCCCUUCUUUGGAGGGCUACUUUUGCUUCAACCCAGCCUCAUCAGUGGUUGGCAACCAGAGAGACCCCUUCAGAAAGGUCUUCAUGCCCCUCAUCUAUCUGUUGAUGUUCAUGUUGGGGACUGUAGGCAAUGCCCUGGUCCUGGUCAUUUUAGAGAGGUUCAAGCGCUCUCGCACCACCACGGAAAACUUCCUUUUCCAUCUCACCCUGGCCAACCUGGCACUGUUGCUUACCUUCCCAUUCAGCGUGGUAGAGAGCUUGGCUGGGUGGGUAUUUGGGAAGUUCCUCUGCAAGAUACUCAGUGCUGUCCACAAGAUCAAUUUCUACUGCAGUAGCAUGCUGCUGGGGUGCAUCGCAGUGGACCGUUACCUGGCCAUCGUCUAUGCAAUCCACACCUACCGCAAACGCAGAGCUCACUCCAUCCAUCUCACCUGCACGGCUGUCUGGCUCUGCUCACUGCUUCUGACUUUACCCGAUCUCAUCUUCAUGGAAGUCUGGACAGAUGACAGCAACCGCAGCAUUUGCUAUUUUCCAGAGGUUGGGAUCGAUGGCAACAAUGCCUGGCUGGCAACUCGCUUCCUCUACCACACUGUGGGCUUCUUUGUGCCCCUGCUGGUCAUGUGUUACUGCUACAUGGCCAUUGUCCGGGUGCUCUGUCAGUCCCAGCGCCUGCAGAGGCAGAAAGCUGUCCGUGUGGCCAUCCUGGUGACAGGAAUCUUCCUGCUCUGCUGGAGCCCGUACCACAUCGUCAUCUUCCUGAACACACUUACCAAGCUAGAAGCCUUCACCAAGAACUGCCUCCUGGAAGACCAGCUGGACACAGCCAUCAUGGUGACAGAGGCCAUUGGCUUCACACACUGCUGCCUCAACCCCAUCCUCUACGCCUUCAUUGGAGUCAAGUUCCGUAAUGACUUCUUCCGGAUCCUGCAGGAGCUUGGCUGCAUAAGCCAGGAGACCCUGCAGGAGAUCCUGGAGGUGACAAGGAAGAGUAGCGGGAUUGAUUCUGACAACACCACCUCCAUCUCCACCUUCUAGCUGGAAAAGGCUGCCUGCAAGACAGAACUGGCCUAGGGCUUUCCUUCCUAGUGGCGUACUUGCUGUGGUCUCAGUUACAAGUUUCACAAGCAUCCCCACCACUUUUCUUUGCUCCUCAGGAAACAGGUCCAAUAGCCACCGAACACCCGAAUCCCAUCAGAUACCUUGCCUGGCUCC